AUGGCCGCAUCUCCAGCAAACGCAGCUUCGUCCAAACCGAACCCAUCCACCGAUGGUAAACCCGUUCAAGUCAAACUGGUCUUGCUGGGUGAAGCUGCCGUCGGCAAAUCAUCGGUCGUACUUAGAUUCGUUCAAAACGACUUUCAAGAAAACAAAGAGCCUACCAUCGGUGCUGCUUUUUUGACUCAGAAGUGUAGGCUAGAAGACAAAAUAAUCAAAUUCGAAAUUUGGGACACCGCAGGGCAAGAACGGUUUCACAGUCUGGCUCCUAUGUACUAUCGAAAUGCUCAAGCUGCCAUCGUCGCUUACGACAUCACCAAAAGUUCUUCCUUGGAUAAAGCCAAAUCGUGGAUCAAAGAACUGCAGCGCCAGGGGCACCCCAACAUCGUCAUUGCUCUGAUUGGAAACAAGCUCGAUUUGGUUCAAUCAGACGCCAGCCAAUCAGCCUCCAAUGGAUCAUCAUCAUCCACCACAGACGACGAGGCAGACGAUGCCACUGCUACUCCUGACAAUGCGGCCUCACUCCCUGAUUCCGCUGCUGCCAAUGCCAAUAUCUCUUCCUCCUCCAAGCGUCAAGUUGCCAAGGAAGAAGCCGAAGCAUACGCUCAGGAGAACAACUUGCUCUUCUUUGAAACGAGUGCCAAAACCGGAGAAGGAGUGGUUGAGGUCUUCACUCAAAUUGCUGGAAAAAUUCCAUUGGAGGUUAUUUUAUCCGGCCGAGGGAGUAACAAUGCAGGUGGGAGAGCCGGCGCUGCUAACCGAGGGUCGGGCGGGGCUGCAGGGACAAAUAAUGGCGAAGACAGUCGGAUCAGUCUUACCAACAACGAUGAAACAAAGAGAGAUGGUUGUGCUUGUUGA